AAGGCAUCCUGUAUGCCCUAAUUUGCAUGCGCCCUCUCAAGUCAUGAUGGUAUCAGGUUUGAGCCUAUCAGAAACUAGGAAGUCCUGAUCCCUAAUUUGAAUACAAGGAGUACAAAUAGAGUUGCUCAGUCAGCAGACAUCUCCGGUUUGGAAAAAUCCGCCAUCAUGCCAGAUCCUUCCAAGUCCGCUCCCGCGCCCAAAAAGGGUUCCAAAAAGGCUGUCACCAAAGCGCAGAAGAAAGACGGCAAGAAGCGCAAGCGCAGCCGCAAAGAGAGCUACUCCAUCUACGUGUACAAGGUGCUGAAGCAGGUGCACCCGGACACUGGCAUCUCGUCCAAGGCCAUGGGCAUCAUGAACUCGUUCGUCAACGACAUCUUCGAACGCAUCGCCAGCGAGGCGUCCCGCCUGGCGCACUACAACAAGCGCUCCACCAUCACGUCGCGCGAGGUGCAGACGGCCGUGCGCCUGCUGCUGCCGGGCGAGCUGGCCAAGCACGCCGUGUCCGAGGGCACCAAGGCCGUCACCAAGUACACCAGCUCCAAGUGAGCGCGCCGCGGCUCCCCGUGCACCCAAAGGCUCUUUUCAGAGCCACCUACACCAUCAAGAAAGGGUUUUGAACACGGUUAAGGGUUGUUGAUAUGUAAAUCUGGUCUGUCUGCAUCCCGGAGGUGCUUUGAUGUCGGGGGAAUCGCUCCGCCCUGGUCGUGUGGUUGCGUGCUGGGGUAUGUGUGUGUGUGUGUGCGUGUGUCCACCUGGUGUGAGAAUAGCUGAAUGGUAGGAGAGCAAUCAAGGCCCUGGGCCCCCCUUGCUCCCUGGUGGUGGGCUGAUGUCUGAAAAUGAUGGAGGGGUUUUCAUAAGCUCAGCGCUUUCUUUUUUUGCCUGCCCGGGGAGCACCUUCCAGGGACGCAUGACCGCAAGUCUGUGGUCCAGCGAGCGGCCUGUCCAUGCACUCGUGGUGAAAGGAUAGGGGUUGUCUCCUUUGAGGGCCUUGUGCUACGGCCCCCACCCCCGUGCCCCCUCGUGGGUGAGGCCGGAUGUGCAUCCGUGGCUUCUCGGUGAGGCCCUGAUGAUGUCAUGCAGUUGUCAAGGUGGCGCUUGGUGCUGCCUGUCUGCCCAGACCUAAGAGCUUUCUCCUCCAUGAAUAUAUCCGGGAGGUACUUGGCUGCAUCUUGCAAUGGCAGGAUGUUUAAAAUCUAAAAAGACACGAGGAGUCCUGGCGGCAGCAGGCUGUAUUAAGCCGCCCCCUGCUGAACAUUUAACUCUUUGUGGAGGUGUGAUGAAAUUAACCUUUUUUUCCUGAGCGAAUUAGCGCCCCCACACACACACACACUUCUCCUACCCUGUGAUUUUUUUUUUUCUGUGACGUGCAAGUGACAGACUUUUUUUUCUCAAAUUCAGAACGUCAUAUUGGCUAAGGAAAACUGAUAGGGAAGAACAGCCAUCAUUCUGGUAAUUUGCCUACCCUUUUUCUUGAUCUGGCUUUUUUUUGUGUGUGUGUGAAAAUGGAAUUAGAAGUGUCCACUGAGGAAACAUUACUAAGCUAAAGUAAAACGUGUGUGUGUGUGUGUGUGUGUGUGUGUGUGUGUGUGUGUGUGUGUGUGUGUGUCUCCCCACCUGCAGGGGGGGUCGCUUCAUGAGUGGUGAAGCAGGUCUGCAGGUGUCUAUCUUUCUCUCCCCCUCUCUGUCUUCCCCUCUUCUCUCCAUUUCUCUGUGUCCUGUCCAACAACAAUGACAGCAAUGACAACAACAAGGACAACAAAAGAAAAGAAAAGAAAAAAAAAAAGGUCUCCAGGAGCAGUGGAUCCAUAGUGCAGGCACCAAGCCCCAGCAAUAACCCUGGAGGAAAAAAAAAAAAAACUUUAUUUAAAAGUUUAAAAUACAGGAAAACCGUGGUCCGGGAGGUGGCGCAGUGAUAAAGCUUUGGAUUCUCAAGCAUGAGGUCCUGAGUUUGAUUCCCGGCGAUCAUGUGCCAGAGUGAUGUCUGGUUCUUUCUCUCUCCUCCUGUCUUUCUCAUAAAUAAAUAAAAUCUUAAAAAAAAA